GUAAACUUAAAUAUAUUCGAUUCGAAUUUCGAAACACUCCAUUACUCGACAUCUAUCUUCUACACACAAUUAAUUACAGUAGAAUGGAAGCCAGCGCAGGGCUGGUGGCCGGUUCCCACAACCGGAACGAGCUCGUGGUGAUCCACGGCCAUGAAGAGCCUAAGGCUUUGAAGAACUUGAGUGGGCAAGUAUGCGAGAUAUGCGGAGACGAGAUGGGGGUGACGGUGGAGGGAGAGCUGUUUGUGGCGUGCAACGAAUGCGGCUUCCCAGUGUGCCGGCCUUGCUACGAGUACGAGAGGAGAGAGGGCAGCCAGCUAUGCCCACAGUGCAAAACCAGAUACAAGCGCCUCAAAGGGAGCCCUCGGGUUGAGGGAGACGACGACGAGGAGGACACUGACGACAUCGAGCACGAAUUCAACAUUGAUGAGCAGCAGAAAAAGAACACUGAUAUAGCUGAAGCAAUGCUUCAUGGUAAGAUGAGCUACGGGAGAGGGCCGGAAGAUCACGAGGAUAUAAACGCCCAAUACCCACCGGUUAUCUCAGGCGGUCGCUCCCGCCCGGUCAGCGGAGAGUUCCCCAUUUCAAGCUAUGGAGAUCAAAUGGGGCCCACUUUGCAUAAGCGGGUGCAUCCCGUCACUGAUGAUCAUGCAAGUGGAAGAUGGGAUGAUAGGAAAGAUUUGGGAUGGAAGGAGAGAAUGGAUGAGUGGAAAGUGCAGCAAGGAGGAAAUCAUGAUCAAUAUGAUGAAUUAGCCGAUCCUGACAUGGGCAUUAUAGACGAGGCGCGACAGCCACUCUCACGCAAAGUGCCAAUAGCUUCGAGCAAGAUCAACCCUUACCGCAUGGUAAUCGUUACCCGCCUUGUGGUGCUGGCCUUGUUCCUCCGCUAUCGGAUCUUGAACCCGGUCCAUGACGCCAUCGGCCUCUGGCUCACCUCCAUCGUCUGCGAGAUCUGGUUCGCCCUCUCCUGGAUCCUCGACCAGUUCCCCAAAUGGUUCCCCAUCGAUCGCGAGACCUACCUCGACCGCCUCUCCCUCAGGUAUGAGAGAGAAGGUGAGCCUAACAUGCUAGCCCCAGUCGACAUAUUCGUCAGUACGGUGGACCCCUUGAAGGAGCCUCCUCUCGUUACCGCAAACACCGUGCUUUCCAUACUGGCUGUGGAUUAUCCUGUUGACAAGAUAUCUUGCUACAUCUCUGAUGAUGGUGCUUCCAUGUGCACCUUCGAGGCCCUCUCUGAGACCGCCGAGUUCGCCAGGAAAUGGGUCCCCUUUUGCAAGAAAUUCGCCAUCGAGCCACGAGCGCCCGAAUGGUACUUUGCUGAGAAGGUGGACUAUCUCAAGGACAAAGUGCAGCCAACUUUUGUCAAGGAGAGAAGGGCUAUGAAGAGAGAAUACGAAGAGUUCAAGGUGAGGAUAAACGCAAUGGUGGCUAAGGCGACCAAGGUGCCCCCGGGAGGAUGGAUCAUGCAGGAUGGGACGCCCUGGCCAGGGAACAACACCAAAGAUCAUCCUGGUAUGAUUCAAGUGUUUCUAGGCCAGAAUGGGGGGCUUGAUGUCGAAGGUCACGAGCUUCCUCGCCUCGUCUAUGUCUCCCGUGAGAAGAGGCCAGGCUUCCAGCAUCACAAGAAAGCUGGCGCCAUGAAUUCUCUGAUUCGUGUUGCCGGUGUUCUCACCAAUGCGCCCUUCAUGCUCAACUUGGAUUGUGAUCACUACAUUAACAACAGCAAGGCUGUGAGAGAAGCCAUGUGCUUCUUGAUGGAUCCACAGGUUGGGAAGAAGGUCUGUUAUGUGCAAUUCCCUCAGAGAUUUGAUGGCAUUGACAGACACGACCGAUAUGCCAAUAGAAACACCGUCUUUUUCGACAUCAACAUGAAAGGUCUUGAUGGGAUUCAAGGCCCAGUGUAUGUGGGAACAGGAUGCGUUUUUAGGAGACAAGCAUUGUAUGGGUAUGAUCCUCCAAAGGGGCGUAAGCGCCCGAAGAUGGUGAGCUGCGAUUGCUGCUUCCGACGUCGCAACAAGAAGAUCCCACAUGGAGAUGCAGAUGUUCAAGGAUUUGAAGACGACAAGGAGAUCCUCAAGUCACAGAUGAACUUUGAGAAGAAAUUCGGACAGUCACCCAUAUUUGUGACCUCAACUCUGAUGGUGGAAGGCGGCGUCCCACCUUCUUCCAGCCCCGCAGCUCUGCUCAAGGAAGCCAUCCAUGUGAUAAGCUGUGGAUAUGAAGACAAAACAGAAUGGGGCUUAGAGUUAGGGUGGAUCUACGGGUCAAUCACAGAGGAUAUCCUGACAGGAUUCAAGAUGCACUGUCGCGGGUGGAGGUCAAUCUACUGUAUGCCUAAGAGGCCUGCAUUCAAAGGAUCAGCUCCCAUCAAUCUGUCGGACCGUCUGAACCAGGUGCUGCGGUGGGCUCUUGGAUCAGUGGAGAUCUUCUUCAGUCACCACAGCCCCCUCUUGUACGGUCACAAGGAGGGCAAGCUCAAGUGGCUGGAGCGGUUUGCCUACGUCAACACCACCGUCUAUCCCUUCACGGCUCUGCCCCUUCUGGCCUACUGCACACUCCCAGCCAUCUGCUUACUCACCGGAAAAUUUAUAAUGCCAGAGAUAAGCACUUUCGCGAGUCUCUUCUUCAUCGCUCUGUUCCUGUCCAUCUUCAUCACAGGGAUCCUAGAGCUGAGGUGGAGCGGGGUGAGCAUCGAGGAGUGGUGGAGGAACGAGCAGUUCUGGGUGAUUGGAGGCAUAUCAGCGCAUCUAUUUGCGGUGAUCCAGGGGCUGUUGAAGGUGCUGGCGGGGAUAGACACCAACUUCACAGUCACAUCUAAGGCAUCAGACGAUGAGGACUUCAGCGAGCUGUAUGCCUUCAAGUGGACCACGUUGCUCAUCCCUCCAACCACCAUCCUCAUCAUAAACUUGGUGGGGGUGGUGGCUGGGAUAUCUGAUGCCAUCAACAACGGCUACCAAUCGUGGGGCCCUCUCUUCGGAAAGCUCUUCUUCGCCUUCUGGGUCAUCGUGCAUCUUUAUCCCUUCCUCAAGGGUUUGAUGGGCAAGCAGAACAGGACUCCCACCAUUGUUGUCAUAUGGUCUAUCCUUCUUGCCUCCAUUUUCUCCUUGCUUUGGGUCAGGAUUGAUCCAUUCAUACUUAGGACUAAGGGCCCUGAUACCAACAAAUGUGGGAUCAAUUGCUGAUUCAUUUCCCCACACUAAUGAAUUUUGUACUAUUUUUUUUGCAAAUUGGAACACCGAUUUCUCAGCUUCUCUUUA